UUACAAUUGAGGCCAAAAACAACUGAAGCAAUAAAAAAGAUAUCGAGUCCACCGAUCAGGUUGGGACUAGAAUCGAAGACACAAACAUGGGCGACACAACCGAUGCUCUCGGAUCGCUCGUUACACAUCACAAUGCCUUAAACACACCCAGCACCAGACCUGACUAUGUGACCAAAAUAACCACCAACCGAUUUGCAUCCCAGUACAAUAUGACGCACAAACAUCGAGGCAUGGCACUCAUUUUCAAUCACGAGCACUUCGAUAAUAACUUGCAGGCGGCCCGUACUGGCACCAACCUGGACUGUGCAAAACUGACGCAUGUGCUGGAGCAGCUGGACUUCGAUGUCACCACGUAUAAGGACUAUCGUUAUGAGGAGAUCUUAAGUACCGUGAAGUAUGCGGCAGCACAGAAACACGAUGAUAACGACUGCAUUCUGGUGGCCAUUCUCUCCCACGGCGGAAUGGGCUACAUCCAUGCGAGGGAUGAGAUAUAUAAGCUGGACGAAGUUUGGACUUGCUUCACAGCCGAAAAUUGUCCUUCGCUGGCUACAAAGCCGAAGCUCUUCUUCAUACAGGCCUGUAUGGGUGAUCGCUUGGAUGCAGGAGUCAAAAUGCAGAUGAAGCGUAUCGAAACCGAUGGCGACUCCAAAAUGAGCUAUAAGAUACCCAAUCAUGCGGACUUCCUCAUUGCCUACUCGACCGUACCGGGCUUCUACUCGUGGCGGAACAAAGAGAAGGGCAGUUGGUUCAUACAGAGCCUCUGCGAGCAACUGGCUUCCAAUGGCAAACGUCUGGACAUACUCACCUUGCUCACCAGAGUUUGCCAGCGUGUCGCCCAUGACUUUGAGUCCAACAAUUCGAAGGAACCUGAAUUCGAUCAGAAGAAGCAAACACCUUGCAUUAACACAAUGCUAACGCGCAUAUUGCUGUUCAACGAUAAGAAAAAGACCCCUGUAGCUGCAGCUAACUGAUUGUCUUGGGGAUUAGUUGCUGCGUGGACUGACUAACUCAUUAGCAUUGUGAUAUAUAGAAACGUUAGCCAUGCGACAGCCAAACCAAGAUUUUUAAAGUCAAAUAAUACUCAAGCAUCCAAAGUCUGUUUCUAACUCGUUACAACUACCAAAUAAUAUCAACAGUGAUGCAUUUGAAAUGACCGCCUGCUGCCACAUAAAUUUCAAAGUCUAUUUUGUGAUAAACAAUUAAUUUAGCUGCCCCACUUCACAGCUACAGUUAACUCUGGAAUAACGAACAAAAUCGGCUAUACUUAAUAUUUUACUA